AUGGUCGGUUCUUGUGACGUGAAGUUUCCUAUUCAAUUGGAAGGCUUAUGCCUGACGCAUUCUCAGUUUUCGACUUAUGAACCAGAGUUGUUCCCCGGUCUGAUCUACCGAAUGGUGCGGCCGCGUGUUGUGCUGCUGAUAUUCGUUUCCGGUAAAGUGGUGAUCACCGGCGCCAAGGAAAAACGCAACAUCGACGAAGCGUUCGCCAACAUCUACCCGAUACUGAAAGGGUUUAGAAAACCGUGA